AUGGUCAUCUCACUACUACAAUCACUCAAACUCCAUAAAGACAAGCUUUGGUCGAUUGACUGCGCUAAGGGCCUGGCAGCGACAGCUUCAUCGGACCGUAAGAUAAAGUUGAUUAAUCUGAGGAACUCAGACUUCAAAGAACUGGAAGAGCUCGAUGACAACACACAUAAAAAGUCUGUGAGAUCGGUGUGUUUUAGACCACAUUCAUCGAUUCUUGCUGCUGGCUCCUUCGAUUCUACAAUUUCCAUCUGGGGCAAAGAGGAGAACGACGAUCUUCAAGGAACUUACCAAGAAACAGAGCCUCUGGCUAUCAUCGAGGGACACGAAAAUGAAGUCAAGUCUGUUGCAUGGUCCCAUUCUGGUGAUUUCCUAGCUAGCUGCUCGAGAGAUAAAAGCGUUUGGAUUUGGGAGGCUGACGAAAUGGGCGAGGAAUUCGAAUGUCUAAGCGUGCUGCAAGAGCACACUCAGGAUGUGAAGCAUGUGGUAUGGCAUCCACUGGUUAAUUUGCUGGCUUCCAGCUCUUACGACGAUACCAUCAGACUAUGGAAGGAGGAGGAAGACGAUUGGGAAUGUGCCGCUGUCUUGAACGGCCAUGAAGGCACUGUUUGGUGCUCUGAUUUCGAAACAUCUGAAUCUUCUCUCAGACUCGUCAGCUGUAGCGACGACUCUUCAGUACGAGUCUGGAAACAUGUGGAAGAUGGAGAAGACGGAGAAGAUGUGUGGGCACAAGAGUCAGUUCUCCCCCAGGUGCAUACCAGAGCAGUUUACUGCGUGAGCUGGAGCCCUGAUGGAUACAUCGCAAGUACAGGCUCUGACGGGAUCUUGGCAGUGUAUAAGGAAAAUGAGCAGGGCAAAUGGGAGGUUGUUGCGCAACAAACGGAGGCUCACGGUGUCUUUGAGGUCAACGUCGUGAAAUGGACAAAAGUCGGGGGAAAAACUCUGUUGCUCUCGGGAGCAGACGACGGUUCCGUCAAUAUAUGGAGUUUCUCUUUCUAA